UCCUUUUAAUCAAGGAAAUGUGGCAAAUUCACAAAAAUUGGAAAGGAAUCCCUGACAGGAGAUUACCCAGAGCGCACCAUCUGCGUGUGUUAAAACCGACAUUCCACAAACCAUAGAUUUCACAGAUCACCUAUCUGGCAAUCUUCUUGUGCUUCUCUAAUUCUCCCUCUGCUGCGUAUAUCUCGCUUGCUUGGAUUUACUCUCAUUUAUGAUUUGUCUUUCUGACUAUUCUCUGUUUCAACUUUGAAGGCGCAAAGCAUUGAAUGGUGUAAAUGGAUCUAUAACUCUUAUCUCAUAGCAAUAGAGUUACAUGGUUUGUUUUUUCUGUGAAGACAGCCUUUAUCAAGCCAAAUUUACUGUUCAUCCAAUCGUCCAGCAUUGGCUUCGAUUCGAGGACCCAUGUGGAAAUAUUGACUCAAAAGUCGGUUAUGUUCAAGGAGUAUCGGGUUUUAGAUCUGUAUAGUGGCUUUUUCUUGCAAUUGAGUGAUUCCGGAAAACCCUUAUGCGAGGAUAUAAAGUAUAAACUAUUGAUCCUUUGCGGUGAAAUAUGCAGUUCUUGAAUCUGGGUUCGCUACUUUGAGUGAGAAUUCCAGGAGUUGAAAAUUGAUUGAGUAUCGUGAAGAUGCAGUCGAGGGGUGUGCCGUUAGAGGAAGGCAAAGAAUCUCUAGUUCCUAACAAAGUAAACCAAUCAAGGUUGCCUUUCAGACUGCUUCAGGUAUUUGGGUUGUUUUUGUUUCUGUGUUUCGCAUUUUCUAUCAUUAGUAUAUACACGAUCCGUCGCUUUGGAAUUGAAGGCAUGGUGACUACUGUAAAGUCUAGUGUUGAACCCUUCUAUGAAGAAUCAGGUAGUUUGCAAAAUUGGAUUAGGCCUCCAUCGAAUCUGCUUCACACAAUGAAUGACGACGAGCUCUUAUGGAGGGCCUCACUUGUUCCCAGAAGAAGGGACUACCCCUUUAAAAGGGUUCCUAAAAUUGCCUUUAUGUUCUUGAGUAAGGGGCCGCUGCCAUUGGCACCUCUCUGGGAGAGGUUUUUUAAGGGACACGAAGGGAAAUAUUCUGUCUACCUUCAUACACUGCCAUCUUUCCAAGCCAAAUUUCCAUCCUGGUCUGUUUUUCACCGUAGACAAAUCCCAAGUCAGGUUUCUGAGUGGGGUAAGAUGAGUAUGUGCGAUGCAGAGAGAAGACUCCUUGCAAAUGCAUUACUUGAUAUUUCCAAUGAGUGGUUUAUUCUGCUUUCUGAAUCCUGCAUUCCUCUGUAUAAUUUCAGCAUCAUCUACAACUACAUUACGAAAGCACGAUAUAGCUUCAUGGGUGCAUUUGAUGACCCAGGGCCUUAUGGGCAGGGGCGAUAUAAUGUGAACAUGGCACCUGAGGUGAACAUAAGCCAGUGGCGCAAAGGAUCUCAGUGGUUUGGGAUUAACCGAAAGCUUGCCAUCAAUAUAGUGGAAGACACAAAAUACUACCCUAAAUUCGAAGAGUUCUGUAAACCGCAUUGCUAUGUGGACGAACAUUAUUUCCCGACCCUGUUAACCAUCCAAGGACCUAAUCUUUUGGCAAAUAAAAGCAUCACUUGGGUGGACUGGUCAAGGGGUGGAGCUCACCCGGCAACGUUUGGACGAGCUGAUAUCACGGAGGAGUUUUUCAGAAGAAUAUAUGAAAGUAAGAAGUGCCAAUACAACAAUCAUAACUCAUCGAUGUGCUUUCUGUUUGCAAGGAAAUUUGCUCCAAGCACUUUGGAACCUCUGUUACAUGUCUCUUCCAAGGUUUUGUGCUUCUAAUACAAAUUCCUAGACUAGUCUGUUAGUGAAAUUCAAGAAUUUUAAUAGACAGUAUACAAGGAUUCAUACUUCGCACAAUGCUGCUUAUACAUAUUCACUCUCUUUGGUGAUGUAAUAUGGAUCUUGCUUGCUUGCUUGUGGAGGACCAUCUUUAGAUUGUACACAGAAGACAGAAAAACUUUAGAUCAGUUUUGAAUAUUGAAUUAUUAUUAUUAUUAUUA